GUACUCGACUCCUCUGGAGUGAAAUCGCGCUUGGGCCACUGAAGUUGCUGGGUGCUCCAUCGACCACUGAACUUUAGCAAUUCUCUUCACCUCUCCACAUCUCUGUCUCAUUGACGGUCCUGAAGCUGUCCUGUGAUGGCAUGACCACGCUACCGCCCGUACUGCACCGCGGCGCACGGGCAAUCACUCCCCAUGAGUUCCUCGACGCCCUCGCGGCCACAUGUAUCCCGCGCUUUCCACAAGCCCGGCCGCGGUCUCACCGCCCGAUUGCGCUUGCAAUCAGUGGUGGCGUUGACUCUAUGGCCCUAGCCUACCUCUGCACCAAGAUCAGACCAACAGACCAGUGGUUCAAGGUCGUCGACCACCCUAUUAGCAGCCCGUUUGGCGUCAUCGUCAACCAUGAGUUGCGCCAGGGCAGCGCUAUCGAGGCCGAUAAUGUUGCUGUCGCCACUAGGAAGCUCGGCGUGAAGUCGCACGUCGUCAAGGUUCGCUGGGACGAGGUGCUCCCGGAAGGCACCAAUCCCAAUGACGUGCCUAAUGUUGAAACCCUCGCCCGUUACCUUCGCUACCGCCGGCUCGGCACCUUCUGCAAGAUCGGGCAGAUGGCCACCCUAUUAACCGCCCACCACGAGGAUGACCAGUACGAAACCGUCAUGAUGAGGCUGCUCUCUGGCCACGGGUACCGCGGAUUGCAGGGAAUGCGCCCGGCAACUGACAUACCGGAAUGCUACGACCUACACGGCGUGUAUCAGAGCGGUUUUGUCGACGACCAGCGGCGAAGCGACCCCUUCUACAACAUUGUCCCUGGCGAUCGCGAGAGGAAGAUACUGAAGAGGGGCCUGAGGAAUGAAGUCGAUCCUGCUGUCAUUGCCAGGGAGAUUGAAGCGGGUUUGAAGACUGACGUUGGCACUGCGUACGUGGAUGAAUACGACGGCAUUGCCACGGGUAGCAAGCGAGCCCGGCGUUUGGUACCAUUGGAAGUCGAGGACGGUGGAGUCAUGGUUUAUCGGCCUCUCCUUCGCUUCAGCAAAGACCGUCUCAUCGCCACCUGCCUCGAGAACAAUAUCCCCUGGUUUGAGGACCACACCAACUCCGACCGGACGCUGACCUUGAGGAAUGCGGUCCGCUACAUGCGCCAAAAUCACAAACUGCCGGUGGCGCUGCAGAAGCCUUCCAUCCUCCGGCUCGCAGAGCGGUGCCAAAAACGGGUCGCUUCCGACGAAGCCGAGGCAGAGCGGCUCCUUGACCGGGUACUGAUCCACGAAUUUGGGCCUAACGCUGGCACUGCCGUCGUCACUUUCCCGCAAUUCUCUUUCCCCACCACCCCCCGGCGAUCCUCGGCGUCCCCAGCUGCGCGCCAACGCCGCGUCGCCCACCACCACCACAUCGCCGCCCUGCUCAUCCGCCGUCUCCUCACCAUGGUAACCCCCGAGCGCGAGCUCAGCCAACCCGCCCAGCUCUCCCACCUCGUAUCGAUGCUCUUUCCUUCCCUCGCCGGUCCGGACUCUACACCGCCGCCGCCCAAACCCUACGUGAUCUGCUCCGUGCUCUUCACCCCGCUCCUCAACCCAGCCUACCCACUCCGCUGGCUCCUCACACGCGCCCCGCACGCAUCCAACGUGCCAAGGCCCGAGGCCAUCUUCAACGAGCUAGCCUUCGGCCGGCGUCUCGGCCGGCCCCCCGCCGCAUGGAAGACGACGGGCUGGUCUGGCGCGCGCGCCUUCGACGGCCGCUUCUGGAUCCGCCUGCUGCACCGCCUGCCCUGCCGCAUCCGCGUCGCCCCCUUCGAGGUCGAGCAUUACAAGCCCUUCCGCGAGGCGCUCGCCGGCGACAAGGAGCGGAAAGAGCUCGCGGCCGUGCUGAGGCGGUACGCGCCUGGCAAGACCAGGUACACCCUGCCGGCUAUCUAUGCUACGAUUGAUGUGGCGCAGCUGCUGAAGGGCGGGGAUUGGUGGCCCGAGCUAAAUCAGGGUUCCGCCGGUCUGGGUCAGGGCCAAGCGCUGCGUCAGGGCAAGGGGUCAAGCCAAGGUAGUGUGAUGGACACAAACCGGAAGCGUGAGACCGAUGAGGAAGAGGUUGUCGACCGGGCCAAGCCGCACAAGUUGAGCGGUAUCCAAGCGAGCUGGUGGGAGUGGGAGAAGGGUCUCAAGAGCGAGGAACAGUUGCAGCUGCUGGCGCUGCCCACGCUCGGGGUCUGCCUGCCCGGGCUGGAUGGCUGGCUGAGGUGGGAGGUGAGGUAUCGGAAGGUGGAUUAUGAGUUGUUGAGGCUUAGCAAGCUGGGCGGGAGGAGAAUUGGGAGGAGGGAGUUGAGGGAGCGGGUGAGGUGCUCGUAUCGGUGGAUGAGGCUGGGGAGGGGGACGCGCCCGACAAAACGACGUUGGAGGAAGACGGACCCGAGUACUGGACCUAGUGUACGAGCCAGUGAACAUGAAUCGACGCGACCCUGAAU